GAAACUACUAACGCAGUUAAUCAGCCAGUGGACACUGUGUGUAAUUGUAGCGAAUAAAUCCAAACGCGAUUUUGAUCCUUAUUAUUUCCAAACAUAAUCAGUGUAUUUAUCUAAAACACUCGACUCCUUUUAGUCACAACCGGUAUAUAAAGAGUGAAACUGCUCCAGAUUUCAUUAUUUUAAGAAAGUUAUCCACAACGAUCGACAUCCUUAUAUUGUGUAACAUUGUGCCAAACAAUGUCCAAAGCAAGACUUAAAAAUGAGGAAGAUUAUCGUGAGUAUGUCGGGAUAGAGCCUGGACCACAAUACGCCAAUCAGCAAUACAUUUCCAUCGAUAAAGAUGAUAUGGAAACGAAGAAAUUCUACGUUGAGCGUAUUAUCCGUUUCCUUAUCCAACUGAUGAAAGCCGAAUCUCCGGCUUUUAAGCGCUUGUAUGUCGAUCUCUUUGGCGGUGGUAGCGGCUACGAAGGAUUAAAAAUCACCAAACCUGACGAAUUUGAUAUUGAUAUUCUCAUGCGAAUUCCUGAACCUGCUGCGCCUGUUCUACUGGAAAAUAAUAUUCCUGGAUACGUGAACUUGAAACUAGAACACUUUCAGAGGCUUCAGCACAAGUACCCGGAAGUGUACGAGGUGAUGCAAGAUUUUGUCGACGACAAUAAUUACUUGUUGACUAAAGAAAUGAAGAGCUCGUUCAUGCAAAGUAUAUUUGAUAGGGUCAUGAACACCAUUUCCAACAACACAAUCCAAGUUUUGGGUUCAGAUUUCAGAAUAUCGCGUGUGCAAAAUUUGGGACCAGCUUUUACGUUGACUAUUGAAGGCCUAAAUGAACUGAAGAUUUCUGUAGAUCUUGUGCCUUGUAUUUUGUUGGACGGGAGUCAAUGGCCUGGUGAAGGGUUCGAGCCGAAUCCAUAUACAUCACCAAGUGACUUCUUUAUAGUUCCGAAGAGUCCUAGACGGGACGUGCCACACAUUGACCGUUACUGGAGAUUGUCGUUCCAGAAACAAGAAAGGGAAAUUAUUUUUGACAGGCAGUGGCUUAAGCCAACGAUAAGAGUCUUGAAGCGAAUUCGUGACAAUUUUCAACAUCGAAUUUCGAGUUAUGCCAUCAAAACUAUGUUUUUUAGAGAACUGAAGAUAGGCAAUCCCACUCUGGAUGACGACACUCCCGCACUCUGGUCACUACCAUUUAGUUAUUGCGUUGUGCACGUACGUCACAUGUUGUUAACUGUGGUUGAAAUUUACCGUCCCAUUGUAGAUGCUCGAGGUCUACGCAACUUGUCUACACAAUUCCAAAAUUCCCUACUUCUGGAACAAGAAAAUGGACCUUUUGGACGACUUAACCCCCGGACAAAAAACACAGUACAAAAACGACAUCGAGAACAUGCUCGACGACAUUAAAGCAAACCCCGAUUUUGACACAAUUCUUAGCUACCUAGACUAAACCGCUGUGAAAAAUGGAUGGAAAAAUUUUGGCGCCGGAGUGUCAAUUUUUUCAUUUUUGGAACUUCGCCAAGUCGCUAUUUUCAAAAUCUUGUGGCGUCGUGUGUUUUUCGUUUCGGAGCUUUGGGUUUCUUUCCGAGGGGAACUUUGUAAUUUUCGGCCACGUUUGAUAAAUGUCAAACGUGGCCGACAAGAUCGAAGUUGUUUUCGGAAAAAGAACCCAAAUUUCCGAAACGAAAAUCUCGUGUAACGCCACAACUGCUUGAAACUGGCGACGCGGUGACGUUUGUGGAAUGAAAAGAAUGGUGUUUUGGCGCAAAAAUUUUUUGAUCUAGGGUGUGUGUGUGAUGGAUGAAAAUGAUUUCGCAACAAGCGGCACCUUUGUAGGGGUUUAAACGUCAACAGGGUGACUUUUUAAAAAUUACGAGUAAGCCGGAACGCGACUCAUUUUAAAGUAAUCACCCUGUAAAUAUUCAAAGUCCUAAAAAGGUGGCGUGUGUUUGGAAAAUGUUUUAAUCUAGUCAUUUUUGUAUUUUUUCAUAAAAAAAAUUUAAUAAAGAUUUUUUAUGAAA